UACCAACCUAACCAACGUAGGCUGCUACCAAUGGAUGACAAUUUGGGCCUGAAAACACCAGCCACCGGCCGCCGCCGCUACCGCUGACCACGCCCUGUGUCGGCGAUCUGCUACGCUCUUCUUUCACACCGACGGAGGCAAGGGACAAGCUUAGUCAGCCUACGCCGCACGUCAGCCCGUCUACCGCACAGCCGCAGAGUUUCCGCCGCACUGCUCAACCAGUUCACCGAAGCAACACAUACUCAAUGGCGGAUUCAUCAGAAGGAGAGGAAGAAGGAAAGAUGACAGGAGGUAACCGCCAGUUGUUGGUUGAUGAUGACCUCCGUGAGAUGGAUAAAAAAGCUGCCUGGAGUGUCAGCUCAUCCAAAACAGGAAACGGCGUUGCUUUCCUCCGAGAUGAUAACCUUGAUACUUUUUGGCAGUCUGAUGGUACACAACCGCAUCUGAUAAAUAUACAGUUCCAGAAGAAAGUGAAGCUCCAAUUGGUAGUUCUAUAUGUUGAUUACAAACUUGAUGAGAGCUAUACCCCUAGUAAAAUCUCGAUUCGAGCUGGUGAUGGCUUCCACAACUUGAAGGAGAUAAAAUCAGUGGAUUUUGUCAAGCCCACUGGCUGGGUGUAUAUAUCAUUGUCUGGGAAUGAUCCUCGUGAAACCUUUGUGAAUGCAUUUAUGUUGCAAGUGGCAAUUUUGUCUAACCAUCUAAAUGGGAGGGACACACAUAUCCGUCAGAUCAAAGUCUAUGGACCUCGACCGAAUCCCGUUCCCCUUCAACCAUUCCAGUUCACCUCAAAGGAGUUCAUUACUUACUCCAUAGUGAGGUAAAGUGCGAGCUACUGUGGUCUCUGCCAUCAAUAUGUGGAAAAGAGCCACAUGUUUUAAAUAGUAUGGAAUGCAACAAAUGUUUAUAAAGGACGACGUGAUGCUGAUUUAUGAUGGAAAAACUUGUCAUAUGUCUGUUUUGUUAAUAUGCACUUGUUAAAUUUGUAGCCAUCCCUCCCUUAAAUCCCGAAGUGUGGUCGCUGGUGUGUCCCAACUCCCAACACCGUACUUAUAAUCAAAUACUGGCGGUGGGAAAAUCCCGAAGUGUGGUCACAGUUGUGUCUCAACACCGUACUUAUAAUCAAAUACUGGCGGUGGGCUUUGAUGUAGGAGUUUGAGAUGUGAAAAUCAGUGGCCGAACAGAAGGGUUUGUCUUAAUAUCUUCAGAAGAUAGGUUGCCACAAUUAGGCCACUUUUUGAGCUUUGGCCUUUUGUCAUAUUAUUGCACAAUAUAAUUUCAUGCUCUUAAAAAUAUCCCCUAAGUUGGGACGUUGAGUAUUU